CGUCGACGUGGCAGAGCAGGCUGUCGGUAAGACAACGAACGCGGCAGAUUAGCAUCAGCACGACGUCGAGAGGAAGGGGAACUGGGAGGAGGAGAGAAUGAACGAACCUGCCGACGUCCCAAUAUGGACAACGAAGGUAAAGGAGGGGCCGAUCUCAGCCGGUGUGGGGAAGAGGAAGACAAACUAAAGGAGGCAGAUGAAGAAGAAGAAGACCAAGAAGACGAAGAAAGGGAUGAAGAAGAAGAAGAAGAAGAAGAAGAAGAAGAAGAAGAAGAAGAAGAAGAAGGGGGAGAUGACAAAGGAGAAGAGGAUGCUGGCAAAGAGGAAGGGGAAGGAGAGGGAGGGGGAGGGGGAGGGGAAGGGGAAGGAGGAGGAGAAGAAGGGGGAAGUGGAGAGGAGGAGGGUGAAGAAAGAGGAGGGGAAGCUGGACAAGAAGGGGGAGGGGGGGAGGGGGAGGAGGAUGAGAAGAUGGAAAAGAGGAAGGGGGAGGAGGGGGAGAGGGAGAAGGAGAAGGGAAAGAAAGGGGAGGAGAAAGUGGAAGAGGAUGAUGCACGGACCAGCGAAGCAUCCGGCGAAACCAUUGUGGAAGUCGAGUCACAUGUAUAGGGUGUCGAUGCUGGCGAACACGAAUGUAACAAGUCCAUCCUGGGGCCAAUGUCGAAUGA